CUCUGAGGGGUAAUAUUUAACUUAAUCAUUCGUCAGUUUUUGAGGAUAUCAAAAGUUCAUGGCGCUCUAUCAAUGAAGAUGGAAACGAAAUAACAGCCGGUAUUGGAGAAGGUCUUGCUUGGAUGCUAACUCUGUAUGGAGUGACGAAGGUUAACAUGGUUGACAGGCAGCUCUAAAUGGUCGUCUUGUUUAAUAAGGUCAGAUAUUUUUGUUGUCAGCUCUAAAUAUUUAAUGAGUAUCUUACCACAAAUAUUGAAUAGCACAUAUUAUAGUAAAAAUUCUUGCAACACAGGCCUCUUUAUACCAUUUUCUCUCUUGGACUUGCUAGUAAGUUGCUUGUCCACUAUGUCAUGUUCUAAGCUCUGAUCUGAUCUACUCAACAAACAUUAUUCCUAUUUUGAGUUUGUGAAAGGAAUCCUCUUGCCAGUCUGCUUUAUAUGUGCUAUGUUCCUUUUCAUAGUCUCCUGAUCACGCAUUGAGGGAAGACUCUCUGAUAGUAAACACAACCCAAUACAGUAGGAGGUUUUACAGGGGUGUGAUUUUGCAGUUAUUAAUCAAUCCAAUAGCACUCAAAUAAACGUGUACUCAAAUGUGGCUUGUUUAUCUAUUUAUUAAGUUUGCCCAUCUGUUGACAAACACAAGAAUCAUGAGCUUGAUUCCAGUUGUUUAUUUGAGCUCGGGCACGGCUGGGACAAAAACCAGCCUAAAUUUUUGUAUUAAAUUCGGCUUGUUUUCAAAUAUGAAUGGGCUUGAACAAGUCCAACAUGAGUCGAGCCCAAACCAAACCCGUGUUACUCCAUUUAACAACCCUCGUCAUGGGGAAAAAAAGAUGUUUUAUGUCUGCUAUCCCUUUGACAAAAUUAGGUCUGCGAAGAUUAGCAGUUUGAGGUGUUCUUACUGAUGAACCAAAACUCAUGUUCCAUUACUUUGAGUGAUAUGUUGGUAAAUUUUCAAGGUAAGCAUGAAUAGCUAUUACCCAGUAACACCUUUAGUUUGUAUUGACACCAUGAGACGCCGAGGUCUCACGAGUCUUCCUGUGAGUUAGCUAGUAUGAUUGCUCAGUUGUAACUCUUGUCAUUCAGAUGGUGUAGGUCUGGCCGGGAAACUUGUGGACAAUUGCUAGAAAAAAAUAUGAAGGUUAAGCUUCAAGCUUAAUACAAAUGAAUUGGGAAUUUGGGAUCCUCAACAUUUGGAUUGUUAUUCAGAGGAUGAUUUUUUUUGUUCAAAACAACUAUUUUACGAGAAUCACGCCGCCUAGACUCCAAUGCAUUGCUAUGGGGGCACAUAAAACUCUGAGGCAGAGUGCAGUUGAUGCAGCUGAAUCUUGGUCGCUCGAUUCUCAUUUAUUGUUUCUGUUUUGUGCCAAAAUCCACCAGUUGAUUUUCAGUCUAAAUUCAGAGAAUUCAGGUGUAAAAAUGAGGGAUUAGUGCUGCAAGGGAAGAAAGCUUCUAAUUAGGUUGUCUUAGACUGUUUUCUUAGAUUGUGCAUUCAAAACAAUGUUACCAGGAUUGUGGGUCGCUUUGGUACAUGGUACACACUUUCUUAGGUACGCGGUACGAUGGGGGUAUAUUUAGCUGGUACG